UCGGCCUUUGGUUUUGGGUCGAUCUGAGGUCGAUGGCCCGGGAUGGACAUCGGCCGAGGGAGUCGAUCUACGUUCCUCUCGCGGAUUCUUAAUUCAAGUCUAGAAAAAAAGAAUAGACCAAGGGGGAAGCCAGCCACGCUUGCUCAAGCAAAGAAUAAAGACAGAGAACGAAAAAGAAGUACAACACUGAAUAAAGCACAUGCGGAUUUUGGCCAGUAAAUCUCCCAUGCAGCCGUCUCUGCGGCACUUUCGCCUACCCGAAAGUCCAUGUCUUCGAAUUCCACAUCUAACUCUCUCUCUCUCUCUCUCGCUAACACUCUGUCCUUUAUAUGCCAGAGCAGCUGAUUCUUGCCACCUUCAUUUUGGGCAAAAUCUUGCUCUUCACGAGCGCUUUAUGAUAAAAGAGGAAACAUGGGAAGAGGGAGCCCGGAAGAAGAUGGGUUGCCCACAAGCUCUCUGCUGCUUCUCAGGGAAGUCCCUGGCUAUGGCAACCAUGGCAACUCCGUGCCUUCGAGCGACCCCUCGGUCACGCCUCUCGUCGUCUUCAGCACGCUCGUUGCCGUUUGCGGGUCUUUCGUCACUGGGUGCGCUUCUGGUUAUUCAUCACCCGCUGAGUCGGGCAUAAUGGAGGACUUGGGUCUCUCUACGGCAGAGUAUUCGCUUUUUGGUUCUGUAUUAACAAUAGGAGGGUUAAUAGCAGCUUUGGUUAAUGGGCGGAUGACAGAUAUGCUGGGUCGCAGACGUACAAUGGGGAUUUCACAAAUAUUUUCCACUGCCGGAUGGCUUUUUAUAGCAUUUGCCAAGAAUGCUUGGUGGCUUGACAUUGGAAGACUGUUAAACGGACUUGGCAUUGGGAUUGUAUGUUACGUGGUACCUGUGUACAUUGCUGAAAUAACACCCAAAAGUAUCCGGGCAUUCACAGCUUUAAAUCAGUUUUUGCUAUGCUGUGGCUUUUCAUUGAUUUACUUUCUUGGAACUAUCGUUUCCUGGCGUAUCCUGGCUUUGAUAGGUUGUAUCCCCUGCUUACUUCAAAUUUUUGGUUUAUUCUUUAUCCCGGAGUCUCCUAGAUGGCUGAUAAAAGUUGGUCAAGAAAAGGAGUUUGAAGCCACAUUGCAGAGACUCCGUGGAAAAAGUGUCGACAUUUCUCGGGAAGCAACAGAUAUCAGAGACUAUACAGAAACUUUUGAACGUGAAUCCCAGUCUAGAAUUCUCGAUUUGUUCCAGCGACGAUACACUCAUUCCCUCAUAAUAGGAGUCGGAUUGAUGGUGCUUCAACAAUUUGGAGGGGCGAAUGCAUUUGCUUACUAUGCCAGCUCUAUAUUUGAAUCAGCUGACUUUUCAAGCAGCUUUGGUACCCGAAGCAUGGCUAUCAUCCAGAUUCCGGCAACCGCUCUCAGUGUAAUCUUGACAGAUAAAGCUGGAAGAAAACCUCUUUUAAUGGUUUCUUCAGCCGGAAUGAGCUUGAGUUGCUUUGUUCUAGCAUUAUCAUUCUUCAUGCAGGACCGGCAGAACUGGACAGAAGUCACUCCCAUUUUGGUGUAUGUAUGCAUUAUGGUGUAUACCGUAGCUUACUCACUAGGCAUCGCAGGUUUACCAUGGGUCAUAAUGUCCGAGGUAUUCCCAGUAAAUGUUAAAGGGUCAGCUGGAAGCCUGGUGACCUUCUCCAACUGGUCCUGUUCUUGGAUUGUCAGCUACAGUUUUAACUUCAUGUUCGAAUGGAGCGCACCCGGAACCUUUCUGAUCUUCGCAUGCAUUUGUGGAUUAACUAUCUUGUUCACUGCGAAGCUAGUGCCAGAGACCAAGGGGCGAGCAUUGGAAGAAUUGCAAGCAUCACUUGGCCGUUUUCUGCAAUGAUUGGUAUACUGUUGUUGCCAAGCACAAAAGGCAUUGAGUCAGGCUGCCGAAAGCCAUUUUGUAGGAUUGACCCUUUGUGCCUGAUUGCGGCAAACAUUUGCAAUAUCAGAAGGGGGAAAAGAAAAGAGAGAUUUCCCUGCAAUUUGUUCAACCUUUUACACUGGGUGAUUUCACCAUGAUCGGGCCAACUUUGUGGGAUACUGGCACAUUGCCGUACCAAUGAUAAUUGAUGUGCAAAAAAUUGAGGCUUUAAACCUUGAUUACUUGUUACCGAUUAAGCAUGUUAUAUACGAGUUAUACUUUCUUUUCAUCAA